GGCAGCGGAGUCCUCAUGUCAGUGCACAGUCUGUGUGUGGUACAGCAAGCGACGGCGAAAACGAAUGCAAGCAAUUGGCAGAUGUCGGAACGACGAAGAUAUCUCAAAUCACCAUUCUUUUAGACGAUUUUCUUGUUUUGUUUUUUUUCACAAACUGGGCUUCGGGUGUGGUAUCAUUGGAGACGAUACAAGCAUUCUUUAAAGUUCUAUGCGGUCAACAACUCUUUUCGUUCGAGGGGUUUCCGCCGUCCGAUUGGACGGAGAGACAUUCUCCACCACCAGGUCGUGCUGCGCCUCGGGAUCACCAUAGGGUUUCAAAGGACUCGUGAGGGGCAACUCGAAUUACAUACAAAUCCGACUGAGUUUUUACCAUAUCAGUCACCGUGGAAGGUUAUACGCGAAGGAUAUUGAACAUUUUCUGUGGACACAUUACUACAUGCGAGGAGAGAAAUCAUUCGACACAAAGUAACACAUAGGCAAUCGAAGACCCGGGGACAUCCAGUCAUUGGGGUCGACGAGUACCCCUGGCAACCGAGGACGGUGCUUUGUCCGCCGCCAUCCUGCGUGUGAAGGGAGGGGUGGCGGUGAUUACCGCACGUUCAGCGGUACAGCGGGAGAGAAAAAAACCCUGUUUACUCGUGAGGAGGAUUCGACAUGUAUCCACAAGGCCGGCAUCCGGCACCUCACCAGCCAGGUCAGCCUGGAUUUAAGUUUACAGUGGCAGAGUCCUGUGACAGAAUUAAAGACGAAUUCCAGUUUCUGCAAGCCCAGUACCACAGCCUCAAAGUGGAGUACGAUAAGCUGGCAAAUGAGAAGACAGAAAUGCAGCGCCACUAUGUCAUGUACUACGAGAUGUCCUAUGGGCUCAACAUUGAGAUGCACAAACAGACUGAGAUUGCCAAGCGUCUCAAUGCAAUCCUGGCUCAGAUUAUGCCUUUCUUGUCACAAGAGCACCAGCAGCAGGUGGCCCAGGCUGUAGAACGAGCUAAACAGGUGACUAUGACCGAGCUGAAUGCCAUCAUCGGGGUACGUGGACUUCCCAAUCUGCCCCUAACCCAGCAGCAGCUCCAGGCCCAGCACCUCUCUCACGCUGCCCACGGGCCUCCCAUCCAGUUGCCCCCCCACCCGUCAGGCCUCCAGCCCCCAGGCCUGCCCCCUGUGACCGGAGCGGGCUCCGGCCUGCUGGCCCUGGGGGCCCUGGGCAGCCAGGCCCAUCUGCCCGUCAAGGAUGAGAAGAACCACCACGACCUGGAGCACAGAGGUCCGUCAUCCUUUCACUCUCCACUGGCCAUUCCCCUGGUGAAAGAGCGCGAGUCAAGUACGAAUAACUCGGUGUCGCCGUCGGACAGCCUGCGCGCGGCCAGUGAGAAGCACCGCGGCUCCUCGGACUACGGCUUGGACAACAAGAAACGAAAGGUGGACGACAAGGACAGCAUGAGUCGAUACGACAGUGAUGGAGAGAAGAGCGAUGAUUUGGUGGUGGAUGUGUCCAAUGAGGACCCGGCCACGCCCAGGGCUAGCCCCGCCCACUCGCCGCCAGAGAACGGUCUGGACAAAUCGCGGGUGCUGAAGAAGGACGGCGGGCCCAACAGCCCCGCCUCGGUGACGUCGUCGGGGAGCACGCCCUCCUCCAAAGCCAAGGACCACGCCCACAACGACAAGUCGUCCACGCCGGGGCUGAAGUCCAACACCCCGACACCCAGGAACGAGGCCCCCACACCCGGCACCAGCUCAACACCCGGACUACGGCCCCUCGCCAUGGGCAAGCCCCCGGGCAUGGACGCCAUCGCCGCUCCUGCGCUGCGCACGCCGCUGUCCAUCGCCGGCUCCUACGGCACGCCCUUCGCAAUGAUGGGCCACCACGAGAUGAACGGCGCCCUGACUAACCCCGGGGUGUACGCCGGCCUUCACAUCUCGCCGCAGAUGAGCGCUGCCGCGGCGGCCGCCUAUGGCCGCUCGCCGAUGGCUGGAUUUGAUCCCCAUUCUCACAUGAGGGCCCCAGGCAUCCCCGCCAGCCUCACCUCCAUCUCUGGGGGUAAACCGGCUUAUUCUUUUCACGUGAGCGCGGACGGCCAGAUGCAGCCGGUGCCCUUCCCUCCGGACGCGCUGAUUGGUCCCGGCAUCCCGCGGCACGCGCGGCAGAUCAAUACGCUGAGCCACGGUGAGGUGGUGUGCGCCGUCACCAUCAGUAACCCCACCCGCCACGUCUACACCGGCGGCAAGGGCUGCGUGAAGAUCUGGGACAUCAGCCAGCCGGGCAGCAAGAGCCCCGUCUCCCAGCUCGACUGCCUGAACAGAGAUAACUACAUCCGCUCCUGCAAGCUGCUGCCCGACGGCCGCACCCUGAUCGUGGGCGGCGAGGCCAGCACGCUGACCAUCUGGGACCUGGCGUCCCCGACGCCGCGCAUCAAGGCGGAGCUGACGUCGUCGGCCCCGGCCUGCUACGCCCUGGCCAUCAGCCCCGACGCCAAGGUCUGCUUCUCCUGCUGCUCCGACGGGAACAUCGCUGUGUGGGACCUCCACAACCAGACGCUCGUCAGGCAGUUCCAGGGGCACACGGACGGGGCCAGCUGUAUCGACAUCUCCCACGACGGGACCAAGCUGUGGACGGGGGGCCUGGACAACACGGUCCGGUCCUGGGACCUGAGGGAGGGCCGGCAGCUCCAGCAGCAUGACUUCACCUCCCAGAUCUUCUCGCUGGGCUACUGCCCGACCGGGGAGUGGCUGGCCGUGGGCAUGGAGAGUAGCAACGUGGAGGUGCUUCACCACACCAAGCCCGACAAAUACCAGCUGCACCUGCACGAGAGCUGUGUUCUGUCCCUCAAGUUCGCCUACUGCGGGAAGUGGUUUGUCAGCACGGGGAAGGACAACCUGCUCAAUGCCUGGAGGACUCCGUAUGGGGCGAGCAUAUUCCAGUCCAAGGAGUCUUCGUCCGUCCUGAGCUGUGACAUCUCGGCGGAUGAUAAAUACAUCGUGACGGGUUCUGGAGACAAGAAGGCCACUGUCUACGAGGUUAUCUACUAGGGCUUCAGCACUGCUCCCGUGUGGGCUGGCCUGUCGCCCUUCUCCCCUCCGACAGACACGCCCACCCCACCCACCUUCUGCUUCAUCCAUCAACAGUUCGUCGUACGCUUCGGACGAUGGCCCGGAUCGAAGAUUUGGACAUAGGAUUGGGCAGUCUCAUACGGGAAAUGGUUGAAAAUAUUGCUUGAGUACCCCUGGAUUAUUUUUUUCUGAUAUUUGACACUUUGGAUUCUGAGGAAUUUGGAGGUGGGGGGGGGAGUAGUUAUUGAAUGAAGCCGUGCUUCAUCUCUGAGAACCUUUCCUGGACUGCUUGUGAAAAUUGUACAUAAUGGAGUAAAUAAGACGUUUUCUAUACAUAUAUACAUAUAUAUAUAUAUAUAUAAUUAUAUAUAUAUAUAUAUGUAUAUAUCUCAUGAAUAUAUAUGUAUGUAUAUUUUCAUGUCCUGGGUGUACUUGUGGUGGUUUUUUGUUCGUGCAAAAUAUGAGCAAGAGAGCAGAAAUUCUGCAGUUUCCCUAUUUUUCUUUUUUCCCCUGCGUGAUGACUUUCUGGAACACGUGUAAGUGGUUCUCUGACCGCCAGUAAUCAAGUGUGUCUUUCACAAUGAGAAAUAGAGCACAGAACUUGAUUUGGAAUGCAAAUGGGAAUACCUAAAAAAAAAUCCCCUUUUGGAACAAUGUCCUGAAACUACUAUGAAACUACUUAAUUCUCAAAACGCAGAGACCAAUGGAGGAGGGAUCUACAGCAGCCCUGUAUGACCUUCCCAGGAGACCAGGGUUCCGGCCUGGGAGAGAGGAUGUACAUUUUAAUUAAUAUUAAAUCUUUUCUAAGUGUUCUACUUUGUCAGUGCUAGCCUCUUGUCUCGAGUCCUUUUUUUUUUUUACAUCAAAUGUUGGAUUGAGGGAAUCUGUGGGGGGGGGGGGGGGGGGGGGGGGGGGGGGGAAGCAGGUUAAUGUUUCUGAUCCAGACAGAGCGUAUCAAGGGGUUUUGGCUGGCAACGUUGUCCUGCCAUGUGGAUGUGAAGAGGAUGUGCUGUUGAUUCUUGACCAGGUGUUGAAUGUAGGCUUCUAGGUCUCUUGGAAAAGCCCUACUGUUGGUUUUCCACAAUCAAUGUUGACGAAAGGAAGUUGUACAGUGGUUUUGGUACAUGUCGGAUUUAAAAAGUAAGACGCCAAUACUCAACCAAUUGGCGGAGAAUUUUUUUUCCCUGUAUCAAUAUUGAGUACAAAGGGCCGAGUAAACUCUGAUUUUUCACUUGGUUCCUUGUUGAAACGAGGGGAGGAACUCUCCGAUUUACACCAAAGUAUGUAGCAAAUACUGUCGGCACUGAAUAGAAAUUGUACAUUUGUUAAUAAAUUAAUAAACUUUUUUUUUUAGAAGA